CUACAAGCAUAGUUUAGCUUCAAAGCUAUACAGAGAAAAACUUAAAUGGAUUGUUUUAUAAAAGCCAAAGAUAAAAAUAAUAAACAAUAAUGUUGUGAAUUGUAAAGGUAAAAAAUACGUAACUGACCUAUAUUAGCGGCAGAAGUUAAUCCAAAAUGAGACAUUUUCAGAAGAAAGCCUGAUAAGAAAAGCUAGGCUAUCACAACAUCCGAAGAGUGCAUGUUGCAGAUAUGAAUGUGUCAUUGUUAUCCAAGAAUUAUGUAGGCCACUGCAUGAGAAUCCCCUCGGAUGCCGUCUAAAACAUGACGCAGGAGAUAGGGCCAAGGACUGCGUGUACAUCAUGAGCACAUGCAUCAGCAACAGUCAGACUGAACUGAUUAACUUGAAUAGUAAAACCCUCUUCUGCUAUCUUACUAGGGUAACAGAAAAAUAAAUUAGAUGAGUGAAAUGAGAUAAAGAAGGACUAGAAUACAUUUCCCCUAAGAAAUGUAUGACAAACAGAAAAACAAAAUCAUCAAUAUAUCUCUAAUAUUAAAAUCAGUUAAAAGUCUUUUGCUUUAAGCAACAUUGAAGAAAUGUGAAUGCAAGAAGGAAGCAUCUAAUGACAAACUGAAGAGUGAGUUUUACAGUUUUAAGUGAAUAAACGCCCCAGUACAUGUAUAUCAUUUUAAAAAUAAUGCAAAUCAGAAGUUUGCAGUUGCACAUCAUAAUCAGGAAUGAAAUUUGGGGAUUUUGAUUAUGUAUUGGAACCUUUUAUUCAGAUCGGUACAAACAGGAUACAAAUUUAAUGCAUGUUUCGGGUAACUGUGACCAUCAAAAACUUCUGACUGGAUACUUAAGCCUCUCUAAUCAGAAAUGUAAGAGUUUUGGUAGAUUUCCUGGUUGAAACAGGGCUUUUAAGGAAAUAUCAUACAAUUUAAACAAGGUACAGGUCCAGCAUAGGCCAGAAUAUUAAUGUUGGCCUGUUUUACUAACUUUAAAACCAGUUUUGAUUGCGCAACACUCUUAACACCUGAUUGUGACCACUUAUUGACCAUAUAGGGAUCGAUUUGACAUGAACUUUAUGAAGGUGUCCACACACAUUGUGUAAGAACCACUGACAGCACAACCUUUCCUCACCAUUGUGCUGCCAGUACCAUGUUUGUGAGUAGAUAACUGUUUUUUGGUUUCAAAGCCUCACCUUGAGUUCUUUUCGGCCUUAAUAGUUCUUGUGUUGUCAUUGAACAUCCUAACCAAUUUAAUCUCAUCAAAGGUAAUAGUUUUGCUCUGAUGGUUGAAACAUGUAGCCCUUUCCUACUAGCAUCCAAAACCUUAGCUCAACUUGGCUCAACUCUACUCUACAUAGUUGUUACAAUUGAUAAUAUCUUUAAUGAGGAGAGUACUCUUGUAGUUAGGAUUUCCAGAGUCCACAAAGUAGCAUGAGAAACCGCAAACAAUGUCUAUGGGCCAUUGCCAUGUUGAAAUUCUGACUUCUUAAAGCUGAAGUAUGUAACUUUUACAAAAACAUUUCUUUUCCAAAUUUGUUAACAUUGUCGCCAUGUCAUGACAGUAUGACACAUAAUUUGUGAAAAGAUUGAGCGUCUCCAACUCCUCCCUGAGCUACUACUAUUGUCCUCUAUAGAAAUUUACAGCUCACAGUCAAGAACAACCAAUCAGAGCCAGGAGGAGAGUCUUAGUGCUAUCAAUCAAUGCUUCUCAAUGUGCUAAUAGCAGAGAAAAACUGUUUAUCUGCCAUCAUCAGUGGCCAUGCUAACGACCUUUAGCAUUUGUGGCAGGCUAUGUUGUGGUGAACCAGCUGUUGCAUAGCAGAGAGCAAGGGGGAAGAGGUGAACAUGAGUGACUGACAGUGCUAAGACCGCUAAGAUUAUACUUUACUUUUAUCAAAUAUGCAAAAAGCAUUCUUUCUAAUAAAAGUUACAUACUGCAGCUCCCCAGCACCUAUCCCUUCAUCCCUACCUUGUUCUCACCUCCCAUUAAUUAAUCAUUGUUCCAUCUGGGAGGGGUGGCGGGUACUAACCAGACUUCAGAAAAGUUAUUGAAGGCUGGACUCCCACACUGAGUUUUCACCCAAGGCUCCAUUCAUUUAGCUCCCAUAUGACUCAUCUCCUCAUUUGUCCAUCCACCAGACUCCUUCUUUUUUUAAGUCUUUACAUUCAUGUGGCGUGGUCCUUGCUAGUAAAAACUCAGUUAUAAGCAGAUAAAUCAGGCUGAAAGUAAACCUUUGGAAUUGCCUUCACCUUAAUCCUAAAUAAAAUAUGAACUCUCUCUGCAGCUUGUAAAGGGAAAUCCAGCCAAAUGAUACUUUGAGAUGUUUAUUUAUGUUGGAGCCUGUGUGGAUCAUUUUUGAGCCAGUGAGCAUUACUGCAAAUUUCUAAUAAAUUUGAACUUGUAAAUAUUUUUUGACAUAAAAAUUCUUUAAGUUGGAAAAUUAUCCCCCCUGUAAAAAUGGUAGGAUGAUCUGUUUAAACAUUAUCCUGUUUUUUUUUUUUUCUCACCCAGAUGCUGUGACUGUCUUUAUUUAUAAUCAUGUCACAUCUUUCUGCUGCAUCCUGUUACACUUUUUCCUGAUCUGUAGGGCGGAGACUAAUGGCCCUUGACAUUGAAAGUCUCCUGAAAGAAAUGCCACUUUUUAGCUCUCCUGUUAAGGUACGAGGACUGCACUCUUUACAAACCUCUGGAUCUUUUUUUCCCAAUUUGGUAAGUCCUGUGGACAACCGGAUCAUUAUAGGAAACAUUAGAAAUGACACCAACGUCAAGAAAAAGGAUAUGUUGUUUUUGUCAAUCUACUGUGCUUCAUUUUUGUGAACAGAAUAUAAACGCGAUCUAAUUUACAGUACACUUUUUUUUAAAUCUUGCAAACAAGUGGAAGAAACUUUUAGAGAGCCUUUGGUUCAUGUGAAAGGCAACUUCACAGGCAGGGAGGAGGAUUAUAGGAAGGUCUCUGAGUUGCUUCUUAUCACGCUGUAACAUCCAGCCUGCUGGCGCACUCAAGACGCUUCUUCGAGCUUCAGAGGGAAGAAAGGAAAACUCAUGGAAAACAAAAUGCACGGAAAGAUGAGUGCCAUCAGCACCACUUCGAUCGCUGAUUCAACUGAUUCGAAAGUAAGCGACUUGACUGAUGCUGGAUACAGCAGGUCUGUCAAAGUGGUCGCGCGUAAUUUGGGAAAUCUAGACCCUUUAAUUCAUGGCUUAAAUUCGAGUGGGGACUGCUCGGUUUAUAAGGACUGCAAUUCUAUUGAGGCGUCAGUUUCUGCAAAACAGUCUUAUGACAGCAACAGUGACUAUAUAAAGUCUGGUUGUGUUCCCUGGGAAGAAUUAGUUAAACUUCAUAGGUCCAGCGCAUCUCUGUCGGAAAGUGCCGCAAAUCUAAGCCUGUCCUCCACACCUGGGGCUUGUAAGUUCAUUAAAGACGAAAAGGAGCCCGCUGUGAUUAUGGACACCCCCUGUCCGAAGUUUGACACAUCAUCUGAGAUUCGCACUCUCGACACCUGCUGCGAAACCGACAGCAAGCAACACCUGGGGCUCGAAGUAAUUCCCCGGCCACGGAUGGAGGGCUCUCCUACCUUUCUUAUAGAGCUGACCAAGCCAGAGCAGCUGGGGAACUCCGGAAGGACCGACUCCAGGUGUGCUGUGUCCGCCCAUUCCCCCGCGCCUCACACCACUUCACGUUGGCAGAUCCAAACCCCUAGUUCUGAGCCUCCGUACUGGCUCCACACCGCAGCUAUGACCGAGACGGACGCCUUUCCAGCCAGCAGCUACGAAGGGAUUCAGAACCACAUCCAGACCCAGAGGAACCCUUCACCUUUCUCCACCUUUCCAGGGAUGCAGCCUCAGAGAAUGUGUGUUAUCUGUGGUGAUGAAGCAUCUGGCUGCCACUAUGGAGUCCUAACGUGUGGGAGCUGUAAAGUAUUUUUCAAAAGGGCAGUAGAAGGCCAUCACAGCUAUCUCUGCGCUGGGCGAAAUGAUUGCAUUGUGGACAAAAUUCGGAGAAAAAAUUGCCCUGCAUGUCGCCUCAGAAAGUGUUAUCAAGCAGGAAUGAUGCUUGGAGGCAGGAAACUGAAGCGCUUUGGAGCCUUGAAGCCUUAGGCUUGGCCCCGUCCCUGAUGUUCCAGUCCCAUUUGGCCAUGUCCGGAGAUGGCCAGGCCCUUGACCUCCAUGUCUUGUGUACCAGGCAUCCAUGAGCUUCAGCUUUCUCAACAAAUAAUUAACAUCCUGGAAAACAUCGAGCCUGAGAUUGUGUACUCUGGUUACGACAACUUACAACCUGAAGUUCCCCAUCUUCUGCUCAAUAGUCUCAACAGGCUGUGCGAGAAACAGCUACUGUGGAUUGUCAAGUGGUCCAAGUCCCUGCCAGGUUUUCGAAAUCUUCACAUCAACGAUCAGAUGACUCUAAUUCAGUACUCAUGGAUGAACCUGAUGGUGUUCUCUCUUGGGUGGCGCUCUUUUCAGAAUGUCACCAGCGAAUAUUUAUACUUUGCGCCUGAUCUGAUUCUUAGCCAGGAGCAAAUGAGGAGAUCCCCAAUUUAUGACCUCUGCCUGGCGAUCCAGUUCAUUCCUCAGGAGUUUGCCAACCUACAAGUGACCCGUGAGGAAUUCCUCUGCAUGAAAGCUAUAAUAUUACUCACCACAGUGCCUCUUGAAGGUCUGAAAAGUCAGGCCGCAUUUGAGGAAAUGAGACAAAACUACAUACGAGAGCUGUCCAGAGCCAUUCACAUGAAGGAGAAGGGCAUGGUGGCCAGCUCCCAGCGGUUCUAUCACCUUACCAAACUGAUGGACGCCAUGCAUGAUAUAGUGAAGAAGGUCAACUUGUUCUGUCUGAGCACCUUCAUCCAGGCCGACGGCAUGAAAGUGGAGUUUCCAGAGAUGAUGUCAGAAGUCAUCGCCUCUCAACUUCCCAAGGUUCUGGCUGGGAUGGUGAAACCCCUGUUGUUCCACACAAAGCAGUAAUGCAAACAUCAUGACUCUAUGGUGGUGGCCUUUGACUGGAUUACUGCUGCAGAAUGCUUAAUUCUUCAGACGCUGCAUUCUGCUGUAGUCAAAUGUGUAAACUAUGAUAAAUGCCUCAAUAUAAGGCAAAAUGCUAAAAAAAAAAAUGGAUUGACAUGAAUGUAAAGUGCCUACGAAAGCAUGAAUGUCCUUGAUUGUUUAAUUUUCAGUUUUUAAUCAUGUUACAAGAACAAACUUGAAUAUAUUUUAUUUAGGUUUUCUGCUAACAAACCAACAUAAAACAGUGCAGAAUUUUUAAGUUUAUAGUUUAGAUAAAAUAACUAUUUUGCUGCCAGGUCAAUAUCUAAAGUAGGGGGUCACAUUUAGCCAAAUAUUUUUCAUCUUUGAUUGCUUUCUUUAUUACUAUUUGAAACAGUGACAGAAAAACCUGAGGGCCAUCGGUCAUUUUGUCAGAUUACAAUUCACACUCCUGACCAAUUCGUGUAGUAGUAGUAGACGUGUAUACGUGCAAAGAACAGCUAAUUAAGGCCUUGUCCACAUGAUUUUCAGUGCAUCUGCAAAAGAUUUUUGUUGUUUAGGCAUGUGCGUUCACAUGGAUUCAGAGUCUUGUGAGAUCACAAACUAUGAUCUUUGGUGACGUUGAAGCUCCAUUUCUCUUUAUGACACAAGUAAACAUGGCUGGUUUGGUGUUUUUUGUGUCGUUCUACAUAUUACAGUGCCACCGAUUGGCCCGUCAUACCUAUUACAUAUUUUUCUGUGGUGUCCUGUCAUGUAGGCCCACAUAUUUUUUUUUUAAGUGUUUCCAAGAAAUUAUCAUGCUCAUUCUCCUCAUUCAGAGGAUUUGUCAACAUCUGAUCACUUCACUUGGAGAAAUGUUCCCUAAUUAAAAAAAAACCUGACAGACGUGGCUUGUAAUUCCAGUCUCUAGUGUAGCAGCAGAAAACAGAUUCAGCUUCCAGAUCAACAUCAAAAUUCCUAUGAGAAAUCAUCUGUUUGAGGUAAAUGUGACAAUAGUCAGCAGAAAUCUCCUUGAAACAUUUGACUAAGGACAAGUGAGCAAGCAAUUCCGGUCCUUGCAGGACUGUGAGUUCAGGCUAGAGCACAUUGUUGGUAAUUUAAGAGUCAUAAUUUAAUUUAAUUGUUUUUACAUAUUGGUCCCACAGUCGGUGGUUUUUGUCACAGUGGAUGCAUUCGUCAGCUUGAUAUAUGAUGGAAUGAUAUGGAUUGUUCAGCUUGUUCGAGUUGAAUAUUAGUUAAAAUGAGUUGAAUGUCCAAUAGUCUCUGUGUUUCCUGAAUAACAGAAUAUCUGUAUUGAUAAUGAAAUUAACUUAAACACAAACCAUCUAUUUUUCAUCCACGGUUAGAUGCCACUUUGUGUUGGUCUAUGACAUAAAAUCACAAUAAAAUGUAUUAAAGGUUGUGGUUGUUACAUGAUGAAAUCUGAAAAGGGUGUAAACAGUUUUGCAAGGCACUGUAUCAUAAACACAAUACAGUGUCUUCCACAAGUAUUAUUGUUUUUGGUAAAGAUGUGUAAAAAUAAUUUUUUAUUUUUAGCCAGUCUUCUGACUAAAACUAUUAGAGAAGUUCAGUCAUAUUGCUAUUUUCUUUAAGCAAUACCUGAUCAACAAGCAUUUGCCUUACUUUAUCUGUUCUCUUGUCUUUCAAAUUUUGGAGAGCAACCAUAAAAAAUAGGCCUAUUUUUCAUUUCAUAUUUAGAACCCAGGAACACAGGUGGGCCUCAAAGCUAAUAAAACAAAACCCAGACACUAUAAUCAUCUUAAAAAUAUUU